UCCUCCUAGCUGUCUCCAUCUCUCUCCCGCGUCCCAAAUCCCGAUUCCCCAACCCGAGCAAACCCUCCCCACGGCCCGCACCAUGACCGACGAGAUGCCUGGCGCGGACGGCAAGCGCCGCUCCGCGUCCUCUGCCCCCGGGUUCCCGCCGUCGGCGCCGCCGUAUCCGCAGCAGCACCACCACCACCACCACCAGUACGGCACCUUUGGGCCGUCGUCCGCCUCCGGCGAGUUCCCGCAGCCGGCUGUCGGGUUCCCCCAGCCUGCUCCACCGCCUGGGUUCCGGAGCUACCCGCCGCCGCCGCCGGCGUCUUACGCGGUGUACCCUCCUCAGCAGGCUUAUUCGGCCGCCGCGCCGUACUACGCCCAGGGCUACCAGGUUGUGCAAGGUUACAUACCUGUUGUUGAAGGAAGGCCUGUGAGGAUGCGACGUCUUCCAUGUUGUGGACUGGGCAUGGGGUGGUUUCUGUUUAUUGUUGGCUUCUUCUUUGCUGCCAUUCCAUGGUAUAUUGGAGCUUUUGUUCUGAUUUGCGUCCGAGUACACGAUUACAGGGAGAAACCAGGAUAUGUUGCUUGUACUAUUGCUUUUCAUCAGUACCAGGUGGUGGGCCGCGCGCUGCCGACGCCCGGCGAUGAGCAGCCGAAGAUCUACCGCAUGAAGCUCUGGGCAACCAACGAGGUGCGCGCCAAGAGCAAGUUCUGGUACUUCCUGAGGAAGCUGAAGAAGGUGAAGAAGAGCAAUGGCCAGAUGCUCGCCAUCAACGAGAUAUUUGAGAAGAAUCCGACCACAAUCAAGAACUUUGGCAUUUGGCUGCGCUACCAGAGCAGAACCGGCUACCACAACAUGUACAAGGAGUACCGUGACACAACUCUCAAUGGUGCAGUGGAGCAGAUGUACACUGAGAUGGCCUCUCGCCACCGUGUGAGAUCCCCUUGCAUUCAGAUCAUCAAAACAGCUACUGUCCAUUUCAGUCUCUGCAAGAGGGACAAUACCAAGCAGUUCCACAACUCAAAGAUCAAGUUCCCCCUCGUGUACCAGAAGGUCAGGCCGCCGACCAGGAAGCUGAAGACCACGUUCAAGGCAACGAGGCCAAACCUGUUCAUGUGAUUGGUUGUCGUUACAGGAAGCACAAGAAGUUACUGAUCGGUUGUGGUGGAUAUUUCAGUUACCAGAAGCACAAGAAGUUACUGAUCGGUUGUGCACAAAAAGUUUCUUUCCGUUUGUUGGUUGUGUUGGUAUUUCGGUGACUGGAAGCACAAGAAGUUACUUUCCUUUUGUUGGAGCGCUAAGACUUGAUAAGUUCGUUAGCUUAUUUGUAGUUCUUAAACAUGGUUGUGAACCUAUUUAGUAUGAUCUUAUCAGAAUAUGGUUGUGCUCUUGUUGAAACCCCUCAGUUAUUUUGUUGUAACUGUUUCCGCAUACAUGCGUGUUACUACCUUC